CGGCCCCGCGCUGCCGCCGCCGCCAUGGCGCGUGCGCGGGGCGGUGUCUCGCGGCGUUCGCGGGCCCGGCGCAGCCGCCAUUUUGGAGCUCGGCUAGCGAGGGGAGGAACCCGCGGGAGGACGCGGCGCCCGGCGCUUCUGCCUCCCCCGUCCCGCCCCGAGCCGGCUCCGCUCGCCGCUUUCACGGGCCGCCUGUCCGUGUCAGCCGCCGCUGCUCUUCGUCACCCGCCUGGCCGGGCCCCGCAGGCCUGAGAGAGGCGGGAAGGAUGCCCUGCACACCCCGCCGCUGAGGGAGACUCGGGGGCCCUGCGCGCCGCGUCUGGCCAGCCCCACCCCAGCCGCUCCUCGGCCCUUCGCCUCCAGCGGCGCGCAGCUUCCUUCCCUUUAUACCCCUUGCCCGGGGUUCCCUUUCUCCUGGACUAGGCACGAGCCGCUUUCCCCUCGCCCCCAGCCCGCUCCGCCUCCCAGGCCUCUCUGCCCAGGCCUCCCCUUCUCCGGGUCUCUUCCUCCGCCUGGGCCUUCGGGCUCCUCACCUUCCUUCCUCCCUUUCCUUCCCCUUCCCCGCCCGGAGCCAUGUCCUCCGCCGCUCGUUUCGAUUCGUCGGACCGCUCCAGCUGGUACGUGGGCCCGGUGUCGCGGGCGGAGGCGCAGACGCGGCUGCAGGGGCAGCGGCACGGCAUGUUCCUGGUGCGGGACUCCUCCACCUGCCCGGGGGACUACGUCCUCUCGGUGUCCGAGAACUCCCGCGUUUCCCACUACAUCAUCAACUCCCUGCCCAACCGCCGCUUUAAGAUCGGCGACCAGGAGUUCGAGCACCUGCCCGCCCUGCUGGAGUUCUACAAGAUCCACUACCUGGACACCACCACGCUCAUCGAGCCCGCGCCCAGGUACCCCAGUCCACCAAUGGGAUCUGGAUCUGCCCCUGCCAUGUCUGCUGCAGAAGAGAACGUGGAGUAUGUUCGGACUCUGUAUGACUUUCCUGGCAACGACGCCGAGGAUCUGCCGUUCAAAAAGGGCGAGUUGCUGGUCAUUGUGGAGAAGCCAGAAGAACAGUGGUGGAGUGCCAGGAACAAGGAAGGUCGCAUUGGCAUGAUCCCUGUUCCUUAUGUAGAAAAGCUAGUCAGACCUUCUGUUGGGAAGCAUGGGAACAGGAAUUCCAACAGUUACGGUAUUCCAGAACCUGCCCAUGCUUAUGCUCAGCCUCAAACCGCAACUCCCCUUCCCUCAGUAUCCAGCACGCCUGGAGCAGUGAUCAAUCCUCUGCCAAACACACAGAAUGGACCAGUCUAUGCCAAAGCUGUCCAAAAGAGAGUACCCUGUGCUUAUGACAAGACUGCACUGGCAUUAGAGGUUGGAGAUAUUGUGAAGGUUACGAGGAUGAACAUAAACGGGCAGUGGGAAGGAGAAGUCAACGGUCGAAAAGGGCUCUUCCCUUUCACACAUGUCCAGCUCUUUGAUCCUCAAAACCCCGAUGAGAACGAGUGACUCCCUCUGCCUAAUUUACACUGCUGCUUCAUUUUCCUGGCUCUCAUUAGCAUUGUUUGAGGUGGGAUGAUGACUUAAUGGCACAUUGCUAGCAUUGCCCAUUUUCCAGCUUGCUGCAGUUUGACAGUUCUUGUAAUAUACAUUUGGAAUACAUACAGCUGAAGUCACUGCCUGACCUUCAGACCAUAGUUGCGUCAGCCAGAAUUUAGUUUCACUUUUAAAACUUCAUUGGGCCUUAAGCUGGAGAAGACUGAACCGGAAUAUAGCAGAGAGGUGUGGGGAAAAAACCUUUCCUCUUGAGACUUCCAUGGACUUUUUCUGGUUUACUCAGUAGGAAGAGCCCUUAAUCUUAGGUCAAAACAUGCAACUCGUGCAUUACUGUCCAACAAAAAGCAACAACAAAAAUGCAAUUUUAGAACUGAAGAAGAUUUAGUUUUGAAAUUACCUGUCCUAAGGUAGUACAUUUAAAAUGAUGGUUUCUUUAAAGGACAAUAAUUGGAGCUUAUGUAUUCUAAGCAGUUGUAUUAGACACUGCUCUUUUCUGUUAACUCUUAAGCUUGUUGUUGACCUUCUUGAAACGGUGUGUGUUAAAUGCAAAUAACCAUUGACUGAGCUGCAUUGAAGCUGAGGCAUUUAUUUAUAAGGCAACCUAGGAGGGGUUGAUACUUGUAACUUGGUUUUGACAUAUUUAAUGCAUUUCUGUUGAUUUUUGCAAGCACUAACUGUAGAAAGUGAGCUUUAAGGGGAAACACUUUGGCCUGGUGUACAUACAGCUCUUCUGCAGUGUUGAAAGUGUAGUGUUACUAGCACAGUAGUGCUUGCCAUCAAGCUGUUACUUGGUAUUCAGGUCAGAUUGCCAUGAGAAGUAGGAGUGGGACAGAAGAACUUGGUAAAUACUGAUAAAAUCCUCUUAUUUAAACGUUUAAAGACCUUUCAUAUCCAUUUCUCUGCAGGUUCCCUGCUCUCUCCAAAGUUUCCUAGCUAUGCCAGCUCCAGCUCAUCAAAAACUCCUUUUCAAACACAGUACCUUUUUACCAGGGCAUCUGUGUUGCUGUGCUUCUCUUCUAGAGCUGCUUUCCUCUUAUUUUUCACCUUCCUUCUUUAUCCUCGCUUGUAUCCCAAGUUCUCUGCAUGCUGACAUCUUUUUUUUACCCUUCCUAAGGCAUUGGCUCUGGUUUAUAUAUUACCCAGGUCCCUCCCCCUCCCAGCAUCGUCUAGAGAAUGGUCAAUUGGAGUCAGCUGCCUGGGUUCCCCGUGUGACAAUGCUGGAGCUGGAGGCCACAGGGGUGUCUGUUGUUAGUGUAGCUCCUUCCCUCUUUGUGUACCUGAGCUCUCCUGCCGUGCCUUUUGCAGCAGGAGCUGCUGGCUGCAGCUGGGUGAGCACAGCGUGUGCCACCUUCUUCAAAUGUGUGUUGUAGGUGAACUGGAAUGCUCUUUUCAAAAUGAUGGAACACUGAAUUAACAGAAUACAUGUCUGCAAAGACACAGCUACACAACCUCCCUUUUCAGACAGCCUGGUUAAGGCAGAGAUCCAGUGUGGAAGCUGGCAGGAAAACAGCAGCUCCCAUUUUUCUACUUUGGAAGGCUGUUGGCCUUAGCAAAAUGAGAAACUUCAAACACCUGCAGAAUGUCAUCAGCUCUUGCAAAUGUCUAAUGAUAUAAACAUUGUCUUAAGUUCCAGCAUGUUUUCUUGUUGAUUUGUGUUUCUUGAUCCUAAUAAAAGCACGUUGUUGGUAGUUCCUGUGGGAGUGCCAUGAAAUCCUUAGGUGGAAGGCACUGAAGAACUGCAGAAAUGGCAUUCACAAGCAGACAUUCAAAAUGCCAGGUUUUAAAGAAGUCGUUCUAUUAACUGUUUUCUGUAGUAUUGAUCAAGUGGCUGACAGUCUGGAAGUUCUUGUAGAGCAUUUUACUACCAAAUUAACUGUGAAGUAGAGUAGCAUUGACUGAAGUGUUUGGUGCUGUAAUUCUUGACAAUAGGCAUUGACAUUUUGUCUUGCAAAGAAAAGCUAUGCAGUUCUCUUAACUAAAGAAGGUCAUGCUUUUCCUGUGCCCCAACAAUACCUGCACGUUUACUACACGGAUUGUACUACUGAAAGUCAUCUUCUGAAUACAAACUGCACUAAACUCAGUCUGCUGCAGAGAAAUCUUAUUUCAGGCCUGACCUAGUUACAGGCAGCUCUUCAGAAGACUGAUUGUAGAAUUCUUCCUUUGCAUGGUAAAUAAAUACUGUGAGAUUUGAGAUCUUGAACAUAACUUUUAACCUGAUUUUUUUUUACUGAAAUAAACAUUUUGACUCAUCCCCUCGUUGAAUAAGGUGUGCGCUUUGAACACAGACAUUGUUUUAGGUUUAAUUAUGUUCCAAUACUGCAGAAAAGCAAAGUAUUUUACCUUCAAAACUAUGCAAAAUUUGUGUGUAGUAGUAUCUGAUGCAAAGACAAGAAUUCUUGAAUUUCUGUGAACCUGGUUUUAGGCCGUGAAUGAACAGUGUUUCUCCAAGUAGCAGCGGUGUGGUUCAGGUAUGUAAAAUGUGGUUUCAAUGUAGCAUACUGACCAGCCUAAGCUGAUUGUAACCUUGCUUCAAAAUGUGUCUUGGCUAUUUUACUAUGAGACAAGUAUUUUCAUAUAAAAACUGCAUUGGAUCAGUGUGUGUUUCUCUUUGAAGGACUCUGGAUUCUCAAUCGCUUGUCGCUUGCUUACACAUGUGCUGUCGUUUUAUGAAACCUCCUAAAUCUGAGUGAUAAUCUAUCAGUGUAAAUGUUCUUGGGCGUGUAAGGUAACCUUGAUAUGAAGCAUGAGAGCCUACAAGUGAUGGCUUCAAUCUAUGCACCAUUAAAGUUGUGCUUGCUUUGGAACUGGGAGCUGGUGUAAUGACCUGGUGCCACAGUAGUCAACUAUCAUGAAAGGCUUGGCUUCCUCCUGCUGUGUACAUGUGUAUAUAGACAUUGAAGCCUCUGAGCAAUCUGAAAGUUUGAAUGAAAACUGUUUUAAUCAGUGUCCAUCACUGGAUAAGCGCUUAUUUAAUUCAUGAUUGUUUACAAAUUGGGAAAGAAUAAACAAAAGGGAAUAUCCUGUUUGGGUUGAGGCUCUGAAGAGCCUGAGCAUUAUUUUUGUAAAGGGAAAAACAGCAUUCUUUGUGCCAUUUCAUGUGCCUGUAAAGUAAUUUUUUAUAUUGUAUUAACAUCCUGGGAAUGAGUGGGCUGCCUUUGUUUUCUAGUCCAGUUUUCAAGCAUUUUCCUCAAUACCUGCAUUUGAAAGUGAGACCUGCCUAAAAGACUGCCUUUUGGGACCAGUGAAAGUGUUCCUGUAUAGUUGUCAUUUUCUGUUUAUUUGUGUUAAAGUGUAUUUUGGGACAAGGAUACAAUUAUUGCAGUGGGAAAGGUGGCCUUGUAUUUGAGACAGUCUUCACUGUGUAAACUUCUAAACACAAUAUGUAAUUUAAAGACCAUGAUCUUCAGGCAAUAAUAUUAAGUGUAAGCUUUUAAAAUUUAUUUUGGGGAUCAUAGCUUGUUUUAUUUUUUGUGCUAUAAGAUUAACAGUAUUAAAUGAAUUAUAUUCUUAGAAUAUACGGAGUGUCUUUUCUUAAGAUUAGUGCCUUUUUAAUUUCUUACUCCACUUAAUUCAUAGAACUGGUCCCAACAUCAAGCCACUGUGUUUUUUCCCCAAUGCCCUGUUUGUACAGUCUAAAUAAAACUUGCCUCAACUUACA